UGCCAUUUCUGUACGAUGGAUUAAGAAAUCGGUGCGGAUGACGGAUUGCUCAUCGUUGUUAUGAAAAUUCAUGCGAUCGAAUUUUGCUGUUAACUAACAAGGUCUUGGUCGAAUCAGCGUUUAAUUGCCAUUCUUAGGUCGAGGCUCAAGCUUCUCCUGACGGGAGCCAAGUAUCUUUCACACACUUUGAGGUUUAGGGUUGGCUACUGUUAGCGGAAAGCUGUGAACACACCAUACGAUCCAGAUAGCGACAAUCUCUUGUCGAUAAACAAUCUCUUUCCGGUUGAGAUGUAAUUCUCCGUGGCAUUGUAUUGAAUUGAAUUGGUAAAUUGGAUCUAGGCGUUUCGCGGUUGCUUGAUGAUCACGCUUCAUCAAUUGGAAUUAGUAGUCUUCUUCAGUGAUUCUAUUGCAAUUUCAGCACAGUGAGUCAGGGAUUACCCGUUUGAGUGGUUUAAGCUAUCUGCGUGGGGGUUUGGACGUGGAGUGAGGCAAUUGUUGUGGUGAUUCCGGAUACGUUUGGUCAGUCGAGACGAGUUUCAACAGCCUGAACUAUCGUCGUUUGAGUUGAAAUUCUUGGGAAGGUUUUAUUACUCACCAGUAUUUGUGCAAUGGAUAUGGAUGACCUAGAGGAAGUACAAGAAAUCAAGAGGCAGGAUUUCACAAAGUUAGAAUUGAAACCAGAUCAUAGCAAUCGUCCGUUGUGGGUGUGUGCUGAUGGUCGUAUUUUCCUGGAAACUUUCUCAAGUUUGUACAAGCAAGCGUAUGACUUCCUCAUCGCCAUUGCGGAACCUGUUUGCAGGCCGGAGUCAAUGCACGAAUACAAUUUGACACCACACUCCCUGUAUGCAGCAGUUUCUGUGGGUCUUGAAACAGAAACAAUCAUUACAGUUUUGGACAGGUUGUCAAAGACCAAACUCCCAAAGGAGAUUCUUGACUUCAUCCGGGGUUCAACCCAGAACUACGGCAAAGUCAAGCUUGUCCUUCAGAAGAAUCGAUACUUUGUGGAAUCACCAUUUCCAGAGGUUCUUCAGGCUUUACUACGUGAUGAUACCAUUUCACGAGCAAGACUUGCUUCCAGUGAGGAACCUGGAGUUGGGUCCUCAUCUUUCACAGUCAGCAGAGCACCUCAUGAAACUGGGGCAGCUGAUCCCGAGCUGCUGGGUGGUGAUGACGCCGUAGCUGAUGCUGAAGAAAAGGAUAUACACUCUUUUGAGAUCGAUCCAUCUCAGGUUGAGCAUGUGAAACAGCGCUGCCUGCCAAAUGCUUUAAAUUAUCCGAUGCUCGAAGAAUACGACUUUCGAAACGACAAUGUGAAUCCAACUUUGGACAUUAAACUCAAGCCCCAGGCUCAACCACGACCUUAUCAAGAAAAAAGUUUGAGCAAGAUGUUUGGAAAUGGACGCGCCAGGUCGGGGAUCAUAGUGCUGCCGUGUGGGGCUGGAAAAUCACUUGUUGGUGUAUCAGCAGCUUGUCGAAUUAGCAAAAGCGUGUUAUGUCUAGCUACAAAUGCGGUAUCAGUUGAUCAGUGGGCUUUUCAGUUCAAAUUGUGGUCCACAGUGGGGGAUCAUCAAAUUUCUCGGUUUACUUCUGACAGCAAAGAGAGGUUUCGGGGCUCUGUCGGAGUAGUGGUAACAACUUACAAUAUGGUCGCUUUUGGUGGCAAGCGGUCAGAAGAGUCUCAAAAAAUCAUCGAAGAAAUCCAGAAUCGGGAGUGGGGCUUGCUACUUAUGGACGAGGUGCAUGUUGUACCAGCACAUAUGUUUCGAAAAGUCAUCAGCAUUACAAAAUCGCAUUGCAAACUCGGGCUUACUGCCACACUAGUUCGUGAGGACGAACGAAUCAGUGAUCUUAAUUUUCUGAUCGGACCCAAGUUGUAUGAAGCAAAUUGGCUGGAUCUGGUGAAAGGAGGUUAUAUCGCAAAUGUGCAAUGCGCGGAGGUCUGGUGUCCGAUGACGAAAGAAUUCUACAGAGAAUACCUUAAGAAAGAAAAUUCAAGGAAGAAACAGGGGCUUUACGUAAUGAAUCCAAACAAGUUUCGUGCUUGUGAGUUCUUGAUACGUUUCCACGAGGAACAACGAGGUGACAAGAUCAUCGUCUUCUCUGAUAAUCUUUUUGCACUUCGUGAGUAUGCAACAAAGCUUCGGAAGCCGUUCAUUUAUGGACCAACCAGCCAUCAUGAGCGGACGCGAAUCUUGUACGCAUUCAAACAUAGUCCGCAAGUCAACACCGUUUUCCUGUCAAAGGUGGGAGACAAUUCAAUUGACAUUCCAGAAGCCAAUGUAAUCAUUCAGAUUUCAUCACACGCCGGUUCACGUCGGCAAGAAGCUCAACGAUUGGGUCGUAUUCUACGAGCAAAGGGUAAACAUAAGGAUCGCAUGGCAGGAGGUACAGAAGAGUUCAAUGCAUUCUUCUACUCUUUGGUUUCUACUGACACUCAAGAAAUGUACUAUUCCACGAAAAGGCAACAGUUUCUGAUUGAUCAAGGUUACAGCUUUAAGGUGAUCACGAGUUUACCACCUGCAGAUUCAGGGCCUGAGUUGAGCUACCACAGUCUUGAUGACCAGAUGAACCUGUUAACUAAGGUUCUUCAUGCUGGGGAGGAUUCAAUUGGAAUUGAGCAGUUGGAUGAGGAUGUGGAUGACAUCACACGUAACAGGUUCACCCGAAGAUACGGCAAUAUGAGUAACAUUUCGGGAGCCGAAGGUCGUCUCUACUACGAGUAUAGCACGGGCGGUCGUGGAAGAGUCAACAAACCCAAAGUGCGGGAUCCGAACAAACCUCGCAAUACUCUAUUCAAGAAGCGUUUCACCUAAGAUGCAAUGGUUCUAAUUAACAAUUGCAAUUUUAAAUAACUACAAGUUGCAAAUGGCAUAGUAGAGAAAGGAUAUUGAUUCGAGGAUUUGUUGUGUUCCCUCGAUCCUGGAGGUGUUGAAGCAGGGAUUUGCCUGCGAUGGUUACGCUAGAAUUUUGGGCAACUGAGAUCUGUAAUUUGAGGCUUCGUAUUUAUAAUUUACCUUCACUUCUAUUAGGAUCGCCAGCUUCAACAGAUUGAUACGAGGUUAUCUUAAGGAAUAGAUUUGGAUUUCAUGACUUUCAAUAUUAGAAAGAUUUUCGUACAUACGAAAAACAUAAAUUCAAAAUUUCACAAAGACUGAUUGCCUAGUCUUGAUGUUGAGGAAACCGUCAUUUUAUGUAAUUUAUAAUUUGGAAAAAUUAUUCAAAA